AUGUGUGCUUGGCGUCCUUGAUAGUUUUGGCAACCUUGAAAUCAAGAACUGUCACUUUUGAAGGGUGUCAAUUUGUUACAGAAAUCGUAAAAACUGAACAAACCGUAAACAAUAAUAUAAUCAAUUAAAUUUAAAACGAAACAAGCAUUUCAUACUCUAAUACGGUUAUUAAUUUAUUUACCCAGCGUGUGGGAUAUCAUCGCUUCAAUGUCACAACAUAUUCAUAUAGGUUUACGUGUUUAGAUUAUUUACAAUAAAUAGUUUUAAAAUGAAGUGCUGUGUUAAAAACUGCCCAAAUGACAACCGGAAGGCGACAAGGAACGACAGUAUCACCUUUCACCCAUUCCCCAAAGAGGAUAUCCUCCGCACCACAUGGAUUGAUGCUCUCGGUAUGACAGAAUGGGAAUCCAAAGAUCCAAGCGUGGUGUGCUCUGAACAUUUUACUGAAGAUUCAUUCUACGUCACAAAAUGUGGCGUAAAAAAGGUCAAAGCCGAUGCAGUGCCAUUACCGGUAUUUAUAACAUCGGAUGAAUUAGACUCGGCAGCGGAUAAAAGGGUGUGCAGAGUAUGUUUGUCGAUAGAUGUCAAAAUGUAUGACAUAACAGAAGACGGAGUUAGUACGAUGUUUGAACGGAUCACGAAUAUACUUAUCAAUCCACACGAUAGAUUACCGCAUCGUAUAUGCUGGGAGUGUAGCGUGCGGUUGAGGAACGCUGAUAGCUUCAGGGCUAAAGCUAUCAGAUGCGAUGAGCUGCUUAACAAAUUGGAUUUGGACAGAACUAUAACAUUAAGAGAUGUAAAAUCAAUAAAUAGGACAUUCAAAAAAUUUAAAACUACCCUAAUACAGAAAAUAUAUGAGACAAACGAAUAUGAUUAUGAAAUUAAUGACGAGAUCAAAACAGAAGAAAAUAAUGACACGGACUUUAAUGAUUAUAAUGAUAAUGAUAUUAAUGAUAUCAAGAACGAACCCGAGAUAAAAGAUGAGAGUAACAAUGAGAUAUUCUUCGAGGAGUAUCCGGUUUUAAACGACAGCGACGAGAUAACACUGAGCGAAGUCUGCAAGAAGAAAAAGGUGAGGAAGAAGAAAGUUAAAAUAGAGAAGAGAAAAGAAGUUAAAAUUAAAAAGAACGAUGAGAACGACAGUCCGUCCAUAACAAUGGAUAAGUACAAAAAAUCCGAUGUUAAACGUCGCAAAACCGAUAACUUGGACGAAUCGUUGUUCACUAUAACGACUCUCACUUACGACGAGCAGAUCGCUGAGAUAGAAAAGCGACAGGAAUCGGCGUCGUAUAGACACUCGCCGUACAAAUGUCUGACCUGUUACAGAGGAUUCCUCAUCAGAGAUAGAUAUGAAGCACAUGUCGUGAGACACAGCGAGCAAAGUGGUGCCUACGAGUGUUUUAUAUGUAAAACACGCCUGAAGACUGCGAGAGCUCUAAGAAAACAUCUGACGGCGCAACACACAGAGAAAUUUAACUGCAAGGGAUGUCCGUUUGUUACCAGGAACAGGGGUGUAGCUCGUGAACACGAGAAAUGGCACGCCGGCACCAAGUACCAGUGUCCACACUGUCCAAGCGAGUUCGAUAAACUGACCACCUACAUGGGCCACAUCCGCAUAAAGCACGUGUCGGACUUCGUGUGCGAGUUGUGUGGGUACACGUUUGUUAGCAAGAAGGGGGUAGACGUCCACAAGAAGAAAAAACAUAGAGUUGUCGACAAAAACGUGGAACUGACUGGUCCGUUCUGUGAGGUAUGCGACGUCCGCUUCCUCUCCGAGGAGGCGCACUCUAGACAUCUGAAGUUGUCAUCCAAACAUAGCAGCGACAAUGACCCUAAUCGUAUCCGGAACGACUCUCAAAGUAUGAGCAGUGAGAGAGGACUCGCGAGAAGGAGGGACGUCAGAGAAACUGGUGAUGCCUCACCUGUUACGUGCGAACAGUGCGGUCUUCAGCUGCGUGACCUGCGUCUAUACGCGCAGCACUUCCGUCGGUCACACCCGGAUAAGAACCGUACCAAGUACCCGGCUAUGAAGACACCGGCCAUGUGCGAACACUGCGGCCGGAUAUUCCAGAGUAUGGCGCUGUUGAAAGAUCACAUGUGGGUCCACACUGGGGAGAAACGGUUCAAGUGUGACAGGUGUGACAAGAGCUUCACCCAGAAGACAAACCUGGUGUUCCACAUGAGGGUACACUCCGCAACAAGACCCACGUACGAGUGUCCGUUGUGUGGCAAACACUUCGCCUUCUUCAAUAACAGGAGACGGCAUAUGUUUAUCCACACGGGCCUGAAGCCGUUCAAGUGUGACACCUGCGGGAAGAGCUUCACCACGGCCGGUGAACAGCGAGCCCACACAGACCACGUGCAUCUCAAGAAACCCUGGCCGAAGAGGGCGAGGAGCGGCCAGUGGAAAUGUGUAGAGGAUUAGAAUCAAUGAGCGUUGAGUCCUUAUAAGAAGUUUCAAGAUGAAAUUCAAAUUCAAAUAAUUUGUACCUUGGCUGCUAGUGUCACAUUCAAGCCGACAACUGCCAUGUCUUAAGGAUAUAUUGUGUGAGGAAAUAGAGUUAUGUGGUUCCUUAUAUAAAGAAUUAUAUAUAAAUAUAUAAUAAAAAUUAUAAAACAAGAAAUAACUAGCAAAUUUUUCAUAUAUUUUCAAUUAUUGAUGAAGAUCAAUGGACUUGUUAACUUUGAUUGAGAAUUAACAAUCAUUCUAAAGUGUACCUUUACAUUAAGGUUAAUUAUAAAAUUACUGUGUAAUUUUAAGUUCAAUACAAACAUCACAAUAACAAAAUUAAACAAUAAUAAAAUUAUAAAAAAUGAAUGUCAUACUCUUCUAUCAGAAGCUAUAAUCAGUUACUUCAAUGACCAUUCCUUCUAGAACUUUCUAGAAAUAUCUUGUUUUAUGUAAAGUGUUGUGUAUGAAAAACUUUGAUACUGACAAUAUAUUAAAAUGUAAUCAUUACAAUAUUAAGUUUCUGACUGUCAAGAUGGAAGUAACGUAAUGCGAACAGCUUAGAAUUAAAAUGAUCUCAACUAUGUAUUAUUAUUUAUAAGGUUCUAUAUUUUUAAAUGUUAUACAAGUAUCAUUUUGUACAUGUAUGCUGUAUAUACGGCUUCAGCAAUUAAUUUUAUUA